UUACUAUCUACUACUUUACUUUUUUUUCUUUCUUUAUUUUUUAUAUUUAUACUUUAUUUUUUUACAUUAUAAGAGGCUGCUGUGCGCUCAUAAAAAACGGCUGCUGUGCGCUAAUAAAAAAAGGCUGCUGUGCGCUUAUAAAAAACGGCUGCUGUGCGCUAAUAACAAAAGGCUGCUGUGCGCUUAUAAAAAAAGGCUGCUGUGCGCUUAUAAAAAAAGGCUGCUGUGCGCUUACAUAAAUACGGCUGUUGUGCGCUAAUACAAAAUUGUCUGUUUUUUACGUAAAAAUGUCUGUAAAAACAAAACAAGUAAUGCUUUCGUUACAAGAAGAAAAUAUUAUUGUUCAAGGUGGAUGGUUAGAAGAUAUGCACAUGGAGCAUUUUAAUCAUCUUUUAAAAAGUAAUUCAAGUUAUAAACCCGUUAGUACAUUGCAAACUUACAUUCCUGAUACAAUACCGUCUAUAUCAGAAAAUGAAAAACAUAUACAGAUUUUACAUAGUUCUGAUUUUAAUUUUGAUAUUUAUGAACCUAGUUCAUUACAUUUAUCUAAGUUACAUGAGCUAUUGAAUACAAAUGGACAUUGGGUGUGCAGUUACUAUGAUAGAAAAGACAUAUAUAUUUUCGAUUCGUCUAAUAAAAAGAAGUUGCACAAACGUCAUGAACAAGUUUUGAGACGAUUAUUUCCAUUUUAUCCUUUUGAUAAAAAGCCUAUAAUAUUUCCUACUGUGCAACAACAACCAAACUGUAGCGAUUGUGGUGUUUUUGCAAUAGCUUUUGCUACUUCGUUAUUAUUUAACAUUAAACCCGAAAAAGUAAGAUACGAUGUUAGUAAAAUGCGCUCGCAUUUAUUAGAUCUUUUUCAGUUUAAUAAGAUUGAGCACUUUCCACAAGAUCUAUUGUAUGGUGUGCCUCAGACAGUGUUUCCAUUAGCAAUAAUAAGAGCAAAAGAGGCUGAAGCAUUUCGUUUACGUACAAAACGUCAAAGUAAAAAAAUUCAGUCACAAGAAUUAAAUAAACAAAAAAUUUGCACUUCUCAGCAAAUUAAAAAAGAAUUAUCAAGCAUAUCAAUAUCAAAAAAUAUUAAGCAGUUUAAUAAGUCUCAAAAUGAGUUGUGUGUAGAAAAUAUCGAUUGUAAUAAUAAAGAUAAAAAUAACGUAAAAAUUUACGACAUAAGCAAAGAUAUAGAAAAUAAUUUUCCUAAUAAUCAUCUGCAAAAUAAAAACAAUUUUGGAGUUAAACAUGUUAAUAAAGAGAAAUGUCAACGAGAAAUGACGCUGUCGUUCAGAACAGAAAAGUAUUAUUGCUCAAAAUGAAUGGUUAAAUGAUUUACAUAUGGAUCAUUUUAAUUAUCUUUUAGAAAAGUAUUCAGCUUAUAAACCUGUUGGAACAUGGCGAGUACAAACAAUAGAUAGAAUGCAACCGGUAUCGAUCAAUAAAAAGCAUAUACAGAUAUUACCUGUUACAAGAUUGGGACUACAUUGGACAUGUUGUUAUUAUGAUACAAAGAGUAUAUGCAUUUAUGAUUCUUUAAAUUCAGAAAUGUUAAGUGAUUGUCAAAAACAAUUUUUGGACAAAUUAUUUCCAACGUAUGAUUUUAUUAAGUAUCCUGUAAAGUUUCCUUUUGUGCAACAACAACCAAAUUCACACGAUUGUGGUGUUUUUGCAAUAGCAUUUGCUGUUUCGCUAUUUUUUAACAUUAAACCCGAAAAUGUAAGAUACGACGUUAGCUUAAUGCGUUCGCAUUUAAUACAAAUGUUUGAAUUCAAUAAAAUUGAGCACUUUCCUCUAGAUUUAUCCAUUAACAGUAGUAUUAAUUUAAAUCAAUUUCAAGAAAAUUAUAAUUCUCAGCAAAGUAAGGAAAAAUUAAAUAAUAAUUUUUUAAUAAAAACGCAAAGUUCACCCAAAAAAUGGGUACAAUUAACAAUAAAUAAUAUUUAUGUUGAAAAAGUUAAUAAAGGGUUAAGAAAUGAAUUAUAUGUUGAAAAUAUUAAUGAGAUUAAUAAUGUUAUUGAUAAUGAUAUAUGUAGUGGUAACAAGCAAGAGAAAAUCAACGUUCAAAAUACAAAUGCAGAAAAUAACAAUAAAUAUUCAGAAUAUAAUGAAAAUUCUGAAUUAAGGCAUAUUAAUGAAAAUAAACAAUAUCAGCAAGAAAACAAUAAAUAUAGUAACAAUCAAAUGCAUUAUGAUGAAAAAAUAGAAAGUUAUCGUGUUAAAAAGCGGUUCCGAUAUAAACAGGAUUUAGCGAGUAAUCGUGCUAAAAAACGAAAACGAUAUCAACAGGAUUUAGAGAGUAAUCGUGCUAAAAAACGAAAACGAUAUCAACAGAAUUUAGAAAAUAAUCGUACUAAAAAGCGACGUCAAUAUAAACAAAAUUUAGAAAAUAAUCGCGCUAAACAGCUACAACGAUACAAACGAGACUUACAAAAUAAUCGCGCUAAACAGCUACAACGAUACAAACGAGACUUACAAAAUAAUCGCGCUAAACAGCUACAACGAUACAAACGAGACUUACAAAAUAAUCGCGCUAAACAGCUACAACGAUACAAACGAGACUUACAAAAUAAUCGCGUUAAACAGCUACAACGAUACAAACGAGACUUACAAAAUAAUCGCGCUAAAAAAAUAGAACGUUAUAAACGAGACAUACAAAAUAAUCGCGCUAAAAAAUUAGAACGUUAUAAACAAAAUUUAGAAAAUAAUCGCGCUAAACAGGUACAACUAUACAAACGAGACUUACAAAAUAAUCGCGCUAAAAAAAUAGAACGUUAUAAACGAGAUUUAGAAAAUAAUCGUAUUAAAAAACGAUGUUAUUACAAAAAGACUUUAGAAAAACAACAUGCACAAAAACGAAUACGUUAUUUUAUCAAUUCUGAGCGUGAACGAGAAAGACAAAAAGAAUUAUAUUUUGAUCGUAAGUGGCUUUACAAUAAGCGAUUUUAUCAAAAAAGAAAAUCUGAAUCUAUACUUGCA